AUGAAGAGAUUUUAUUCUGUAGUACCUUCCGAGCCUUCAAAACAAGGUUCAACAUCUCAAAGUUCAUCUAACUUGGAAGAAACGACCGAUGAGUCAGAACAACGUCCACGAAGUGAAGGAGUUAAUUUGGAUUCUUUAGAGCCUGAUCCGGCUAAAAGAUUAGCAAUUCGAAAAUAUCAUCCAAAUGACCGUGAUGCAAAGGGGAAGCGUGAUGGAGCGAUUUAUGGUAUUGUUCAUGUUCGUGAUACUUCUGCAUUGUCUCUAAGGAAUAAAAUUAUUAGUUUACUUGCUCAACAUUCUUUAAGUCCAUCUUCUAUACGUGGACAAUGUUAUGAUGGAGCAAGCAACAUGCAAUGUGAUUUAAAUGGUCUUAAGAUCUUAAUGCAAAAAGAAAGUAGAGGUGCUCAUUCUAUUCAUUGUUUUGCUCAUCAACUUCAAUUAACUCUUGUUGUGGUUUCCAGAAGAUGUGAUGAAGUACAAGAACUUUUAUUAUUAGUUUCCGAUAUAUUGAAUAUGGUGGGAGCUUCUUUCAAGCGUAGAGAUGAACUUCGUGAAUCUCAAGCAGAAAAAAUAGAAGAGGUAUUACGUAAAGGGGAGCUUGAAACUGGUAAGGGUUUGAAUCAAGAAUUGGGUCUUGCUAGAGCUGAGAAAUGUAAGGCAAAGGGAUAUCUUAAAGCAUGUUUAACAUUUGAAGUUGUCUUCAUGUUGCAUUUGAUGCGUACAGUUUUAGCAAUCACAAAUGAGCUUAAUGCAGCCUUUCAAAAGCAGGAGCAAGAUAUUGCAAAUGCCAUGUUACUUGUUGGAGUGGCAAAGGAUCAGUUGCAAACACUGAGAAAAGAAGGUUGGAAUUCACUUAUUGAUGAAGUAUCUAAAUUUUGUAUAAAAUAUGAUAUUUUUAUACCCAAAUUUGAUGAGCUUUAUGUUAUCCCUGGAAGAUCACGUCGUAGAGUUUUUGAGUGCACUGUUUCGCAGCACUAUCGUGUUGAGGUAUUUUGUAAAAUUUUUGAUUGGCAAUUUCAAGAACUCAAUAAUCGCUUAGAUGAGGUGACAACUGAUUUGCUUCUUGGAGUUGCUUGCUUGAACCCAACUGACUCUUUUUCCAAUUUUGACAUUGAGAAGAUAUUGAGAUUAGCUGAGUUAUAUCCUGAUGAUUUUGAUAAAUAUUCUAUGGUCGACCUUCGCUUUCAGCUUCAGAAUUACAUUGUUGAUGUCCGAGAUCAUGAUAAAAGGUUUUCUAGUCUUAGGGGACUUGGUAGUGGAGACAAAGAAGCAUGGGACUUAUCCUCUUGUUUUUCAACUAGUGAAAUUUGCUUUGCUUUUGCCAAUUGCUAUUGCUACAGUUGA